ACGAAGAAGAAGAGGAGGAAGCAGUGUUCAUCAGUGUGAAUUUUGUCUAUUAAAGCCGUCAGAGUGGUUUCCGGUCUAUAAAGCGGCCGCGGCUGUUUUCUUCACAUGCAGCCGUGACUCGCGGUACUCCGGGUGAUUAGCUCGUCUGUCGGGACGGACGUGCCUCAUGUGAUUGUGAGGUUUGAAGACGCGGUAGGGGAGGAAGAUACAGUCCAGGAAGCAGCGUCGCUGGGUAACUGGAUAAGCUCCCAAACAUGAUGGAGGAUUUCUCCGGUUUGGACCUGCCACCUCUCUUUGGAGGGCACAUCCUGGAAGCAGAGUUGGAACCUGGUGGUGUUGAGCUUGGCCCAGGGGAGGUGGAGCAAGGCCCUGGAAACAGAGAGCUCUUGGAAAGUGGAGGGCAAGACGAUGAAGAGAGGAGAGCACUUAAUAAAAGAAAAUACAUAGCUCUGAGUAAGAGAUGUAAAGAAAUCGAACAGGUGAAUCAAAAGAUCCUUUGUCGCCUUCACCAAAUACAAAGAUUAACACGACGCAUGAAGAAAGAAAGACGGUUUCUCAUGAAGACCCUUGAUGCUCAUGGUGAUGACUACAGAACUGCACAGCUCACUAUAGUGCUUGAGGAUGAGUCCGGCACCCAUUUAGAUUCUGCUCCCGGUGGAGAGGAUGACAGGCCGAAUGGUGCAUCAGGCUCCUCCUCCUCUGCUGCAUUCCAUCAUGUGGCUGGACCAAAGAAGAGGAGACAUCGAAUUCCAAAGCAGGAGAAAGAUAAAGAUCAGCAGAAUGAACCAGAUAUGCCGAUGUUGGCUGAGACACAGUUUGGAGAAUUGCCCAGCCCAACCUCUUUGUCUCACUGACAAAGAUACUGCUCCAAAUGUCCUGCUAUCACAAGAUAUAGUGAACAGAUCUGCUCAGUAGAUAUGGUGCCAUUCUUCCAGCUGAGCUUUGAUUUAUAUUUUGUAUUAUAUGUAGUUGCACUUGACCAGUGCUUCAAGUUUGAAUUAAUGGAGGUAAUUUAAUUCUUUUAUGUAUAUAUUUUGUAUGUAUUUACUAUAUUAUUGUUAUUUUGUACUGAGUUGAUAACAGCGUAGUAUUACACUAAGUAGCAAAUGCAAGUACAAAUUGUUGCUGAUGUGCCUGUUUGAUCAAAAUUUGUCAAUCCAAUUUUUGUCCCAACCAGUUUAUUAAGGGCCUGGAGAACGCAACCGUGGAUCUUAUUCCUGAUUACUUGUUGGUUAUUAAAUCUCAAAAAGCAGCUCCUAAUCCAACAUCCAUUAUUAAUGUGAGAAUAUUAUCAACUAUACCUUUGGCAUUAGGCUGCAAAAGUGAAAAGUCAAGCAAUUUUAGAGCUGAUCUGAAAUGGGCCCGAAUCUGAUCCUGACAUGCAGAACAAGGCAUUUACCAAGCAGUCAACCAAAUGAGUUUGCUGUUUUAUGGAAUAUGUUAGAAUAAAUUGUCAAUUUUA